AAUAUGUCUGCGACCUACACUGUUAGGCUAAGAUGAAUUCUAAGCGACACCAAAAUGACAGCAACAACUCAGAGGAAAGAAAGAAGAAAAAGAAAAGAGAGGAGACAGCAGAACUUUCCUCCGUUAUUGACAACGAGGAAGUGAAGAAGGCGGUGAAGGAAGCUUGGGCACAGCGAGCACAGUACAGCCAUGGCGGGCUGGAGCUGACCUGCGAGCCUUUCCCUCACUGCACCAUACGCAACUUCCUUCAAAGCGAGGCCUUCACAGAGAACCUGCAUAGAGAACUACUAGACCUCAAUUUUCACGAGAAGUCCAACGACCUGUACAAAUUCAGACAGUCAGAUGACCUGAAAAAGAGAAAAGAGCCUCACAUCACUGGCCUCAGGGCAGCACUAUUUGGACGGUUCCGAGCCUGGCUUGGAGAGGUGUUGGAGGUGGAGCUGGAGACGACAGUGGAUAUCUCUUGUGCCAAGUACCAGUAUACAGAUGUUCUACUGUGUCAUGAUGAUGAGUUGGAGGGCAGACGUGUGGCCUUUAUCCUGUACCUGGUGCCCCCCUGGGAGAGCAGUGAUGGAGGCACGCUGGAUCUGUACAGCACUGAUAGUAUGUUUCAGCCCCAGAGUAUAGUGAAGUCUCUGGUGCCUUGCUGGAACACUCUAGUUCUGUUUGAGGUUUCGCCCGUCUCCUUCCACCAGGUUUCAGAGGUGUUGUCGGAGGAUAAGUGUCGCCUGUCUCUGAGUGGCUGGUUCCAUGGCCCAUCUCUGGAGCGCCCACCUCGUUACAUGGAGCCACCAAUCCCCAGGAGCCCCCAUCUCCCCAGAGAUGAGACUCUUUUGCUGGAGUGGUUGAACCCUCUCUAUCUAGACUGUGUUUAUCAGUCUCAAGUUCAGGAAGAAUUUGAGGACAGCUCAGAGAUCCAGCUCAAAAACUUCCUCAAGGAGGAGAAGUUUAGGGAGGUGAGUGAAGCAUUACAGUUGGCCCAGGUCCAGUGGAGCAAGCGGGGUCCACCCAAUAAAAGGUGCUAUGAAGUGGCCUUGUUAGACUCCCUGCCUCUGUGUGUGAGUGAAUGCUGGGAGCUCUUCUGCUCUGAGGCCUUCUUCCUACUGCUGUCCAACUUCACUGGCCUGAGACUGCACUACCUGAACCCCAGUGAUGAAGACAGUGAGGAGGAGAAGGAGGAGGAAGAGGAGGAGGAGGAGGAGAACCAAGAAGAUGAGGCGGCCAUAAGGAAUAGAGGUGCCACAGGCUCAUCUGGAGAUAGACCAACAGCAGACGAGAAUAUAAAAGUCAAAGUGCAGAGCGUGCCUGUGUGUUCUGGGGAGCUGCGUCGCUGGUCUCAUGGAGACUUCACUCUACUGAACGAUGCUGAUGCUGCAUCAGCAGAAUACGCACUGGACCUGCUGCUGCCUCUGGGAUGUUCAGACUGGCAGGCCCAGUGUGGAGGCUUUACCUCCUAUGUGGCCAACGAGGAGGAUGAGGAGCUCCUGACAGUGUAUCCAGAAGACAACUCCCUGGCGCUCGUCUACAGAGACAAGGAAACACUCAAAUUUGUCAAACAUAUUAAUGAGAGCAGCUCCAGCCGGCUAGCUGCCCAUGAAAGCUCAAAAGGCUUCUACGACUUUGCCUUUGUCUAUUAUGAAUGAGUAUGUCUCAAGUAUUGUUUCUAAUAAAUCAGUGUGUAAACGGUCA